CGCGACGUCAUCGGAAUCGCUUCCACCAACUUCAGAACCUCCGUCGCCUCAAAUCACUGCUCAUUCCUCACAACACUCCCCCUUUCCGCGCCCAUCACCAUGUCCCUCAAUACUGAGCCUUCGCAGCCCGAAGAGCGCGAGGCCAAUGAUCUCCCUCCCAAGUCGUACGCCGACGCUGCUGAACCCGACGGCCACACCAAUGGCACCGACAACGACCAUCGACAACAGGAACCGCAGGAGCAGCCGCAAGAACAGCAAAAGCCCCAGAAGCCGCAUCCUGCGCAACUUGAGAUUCACCUCCCUGACCCUGGAAAAUCCUACGCCGACGCAGCCGUCCAGCCCAAUGGCGCGUCGACUCCCGGCGAGUAUGUCGGCGCGGGCCUAGACACCUCUCCCAAGACACCCACGCGCGGCCACAGAAGAGUCAAAUCAAAAUCCAGUCCCAAGCGGAGUCCGGAGAAGGAUAAUGAGAACCACGUCGUCUACGAAAAAGUCAGCGACGUCGACGGCAAGAAGCACCUCACCAGCGUGAAGCCGGAUGAUGAGUUCGAAAAGAACCUGCGGUUAGACAAGGACGAGAAACCAAAAGAGGAGGAUCACAAGGAACUUACCACUGGCAGACAGGCCGGCGCUGGAUGGGAACACAGCCGGAUUCGCUGGGCGCCUCUAAAUGUGCCAUUGCAGCGACGUCUGCAGACGGCCUCGGUCCUCCUGCACACCCUCUCCAUCGUCGGCAUGCUCUCCAUCUACUUCUUCCUCUGCUCCAUCCCCUUUCUCUGGCCCAUCCUCUUUCCCUACACCAUCUACGUCCUCUUCUCCAACGCCGGCCACUCGGGCACGCUCGUGCACCGCUGGGAGGCGCUGCGUCGCAUGCCGCUCUGGUCGCUGUACGCAUCGUACUUCCCGGCACGGCUGCACCGGACGCAAGAGCUGCCCCCGACGCGCAAAUACCUCUUCGGAUACCACCCGCACGGAAUCAUCUCUCACGGAGCCUUUGCGGCCUUCGCGACGGAAGCGCUAGGCUUUGCGCAGCUCUUCCCGGGCAUCACCAACACGCUCCUCACGCUCGACUCCAACUUCCGCAUCCCGCUGUACCGGGACUACGCGCUGCGACUGGGCCUAGGCAGCGUGAGCCGCGAGAGCUGCGAGAACCUGCUGUCCAAGGGCGGGCCCAACGGCGAGGGCAUGGGGCGCGCGAUUACGAUAGUGAUAGGCGGGGCGCGCGAGUCGCUGGACGCGGCGCCGGGGUCGAUGCGGCUGGUGCUGGCGCGGCGCAAGGGGUUUAUCAAGCUCGCGAUCCGCACGGGUGCGGACCUGGUGCCGGUGCUGUGUUUCGGGGAGAACGAGCUGUACGACCAGGUGCAGCCGCAGCAGCACCCGCGGAUCCAUCGCGCGCAGCUGCUGGUCAAGAAGUUGAUGGGCUUCACGGUGCCGCUGUUCCAUGCGCGCGGCGUCUUCAACUACGACGUCGGCAUGAUGCCGUACCGGCGGCCGCUGAACGUGGUCGUGGGCCGCCCGGUCAUGGUGGUGCGCCAAGACAAGCCCGAGCAAAAGUACGUCGACGAGGUGCAUGCGACGUAUGUGCGCGAGCUGCAGCGCAUUUGGGACGAUUGGAAGGACACGUUUGCCAAGGACCGAGAGGGCGAGCUGGAGAUUGCCGAGUAGUGGUAGUAGUAGUAGUAGUGUUGCCACUGGCUUUGUGGUGAUUAUUUCGGGUUGAUUGUGCUUUUUUUGCUUUCGUUUUUGUAUUUACAUAUCUACUUGCUUUUUUUGCGUAGGGGGUCUUGCGGCGACGAGAUACUCCCUGCCUACUUACCCUACCUGUAUACUUAGAGCACAGGAGAUAUAUGCGAUGAUGACACCAAGCAAUUCCGAC